AUGCGCUUCGAUAAUUCGCAGGUCAAAUGGUCACGCAAGAACAUCGCUGCCACCAUGGAGCGCUUCGAGCCCACCGCCACGGCGCAGUCGUCGUCGUCCACCUCGUCGCUGGAUUAUGGCUUCGCCGCUGGCGUCAUGACGCCCGGCAGCAGCAGUGCCACGCCCUCGCACGGGGCUGGUUCAGCGGCCGGCAUGUCGUCCACGGCCUCGCUGCAUGUGGCCUACAAUGGCGGCAGUGGUGCCGGUGGUGCUGGAGUUGCGGGUGGUGUGGGUGGCCCAAGUGCUGGAGCCAUGGGCCCCAGUGGCUCAGCUGGAGCGGCAGCCGCGGCGCCAUUCAAUCACGUCUACUCCUAUGCCUAUUACGAGCCCGGCGCCGCCAAAUGCCAUACGAACGUGCCCGCCCAGGGCCAGGGCAAUGGACACCACCAUCACGCGCCGUCGAAGAGUCCGCCGCGCAACUCGAUCCGGGCGCUGCUGGCGAAGAGCUUCCGCUCGAAGUCAUCGUCGCACAGCGGGCAGUCCACGUCGUCGUCGCCCAGCGCCGAGGAGCGGGACAGGCACACGUACACCACACGCUACGGCACCACCGAGAACCUGUACGAGGAGGUUAGCGAUCAGAAGAUACGCAAAGUGCUCUCCGACAAUCGCAUUGCCACCUCCAGUGUGGGCAACGUCAAGGAGGAGCUGCGUCGCGUCCAGCACAAUCAUUUCCGUGUGCUGGACGAGCUAAAUCUGUCGCUGGAGGCGCUCAUAAUGCCGCCCACGCCGCCCGACAUCAGUCCCAGUCACGGCGGCCCGGCCAGCGCCAGCUCGAACGAUGUACAGCAUGAGGCGCCGGCCACCAGCACCAGCUGCAGCAGUGGCAGCGGCAGCGGCAGCGGCAGUGGCGCCGUUGGCAACUCCUCCUCAUCGUCCUCCUCCGUGCAAGGCAAGAAUGUGCUGAGUACCGGGCAGCGGCCGCGUCGCGGCGGUCUGCUUGGCGGCGCCGCGGCCAGCGCCGCGUCCAACUCCAGCUCGGCCUCGCACGCCAGCCUCGAGAACUUGUCGAGCACGCUGAACAGCAUGGAGCUGAAGGAUCAUGCGCACAGCAGCUGCAUCAAUCCGGAGUUCGAUGAGGGCGACCUCGACAGCGGCUUCAGUGGCAGCGGCAGCAGCAGCAGCAGCACACUGCCGCACAACUUGCGCAGCUGCCGAUCCUCGACAGCCUCGGGCACCUCCACCUCGAAGAGCAGCAUGGCCAGCUGUGGCGAGGAUCAGGGCAUAGCCGGCAUGGGCCUGCCCAUGGGCAUGGGCAUGAACAUGGGCAUGGGCAUGCCGUGCCCAAUGAAUAUGGCCAUGGGCAUGGGCAUGCCGCCCAUGAACUCGAGCCUGGCCAUGGGCAUGGGCGAGAUGUCAGGCGGCAGCUCGAUGUCGCCCUUCAAUUAUCCGCGUCGCUGCUCGGCGGAUCAGCAGCGGUCCUCGGGCCGUUCGAUUGCCUCCGCCACGGGCUCAGCAACGGGCGGCGCCAUCUCAGUGGCCACCGGCGCGAAACCCAAAAAGAACUUCUGGACCAUGAAACCGUGAUGCUACAAAAAGGCCCUGCGUCACA